AAAAAACAUGGUCAAAACAAUGAUCCUCAAAUCAAAUUUCAUAGCACUAAUUUUCCUAAUUUACAUGUCUAAAUGUAAUUCAUUAACAAAAACAACAAACACCACAGGUUUUACUACACAACUAAUCCACAGAGACUCUCCUCAAUCUCCUCACUACAAUCACUCUCAAUCUCCUUACCAACGCCUCGCAAACGCAGUCCAAAGAUCGUUCAAUCGCGUCCGUCGAUUCAAAACGAAUCGCCUUGGAUCAGAAUCUCCCGUCUCGGAAAUAACCAACUCCGGUGCGGAAUACCUAAUGAAAUACGCUAUCGGCACACCACCGAUCCCCUCAUUAGGAGUCGCCGACACGGGCAGUGACAUCAUCUGGACGCAAUGCCAGCCCUGUCAGGAUUGCUUCAAGCAAAAACUCCCGUUUUUCAGACCGAAAAUUUCUUCCACGUACAAAAACAUCCCAUGCGAUACAAACAACUGCAAAUCCUUCCAAGAAACUUCUUGCAGCGAAAAAAAAUGCGUCUACACCGAAACGUACGGAGAUGGAUCGUCCACUCAGGGCGAUCUUUCUAUAGAUACGAUCACAUUCGCCUCAUCAAACGGCCGACGUACUAUUUCCGCACCUAAUAUUAUAUUCGGUUGUGGAUUUAGCAAUAGUCUCCUCAUUCCUGCUGGAGAGUCGGGAAUCGUCGGUCUCGGAGGUGGGCCCGCUUCGCUCGUGCGACAAUUAGGCCCUUUAGCUAAUGGCAAAUUCUCUUACUGCUUGUCUUCAGACAACUCGAGGCCUAGUCAGCUGAGUUUCGGCGACAGUGCUGUCGUCUUAGGGAGAGGUGUCGUUUCGACCCCAUUGGUUAAAAAAUAUCCCGAAACGUUCUACUACUUAACUUUGGAGGGAAUCAGCAUCGGGAAUCAACGGCUGAAAUUCGACGAUUUCAGUAGUGGGGUCAAAGGAAACAUUGUCAUUGACUCGGGUACUACGUUGACUUUGCUUCCGUUCGAUUUUCACGCGAAAGUGGAGAGUGCGAUGGGGAGGUUGAUUAAGUUGAGAAAGAUUAAGGAUCCGCGAGGGGAGUUGAGUUUAUGCUUCUUUUCGAGAGACGGCAUAAAGAAUAUUCCCGAUGUGACGGUUCAUUUCGAAGGGGGUGACGUGAAGUUGAGGCAAGAGAAUCUGUUCGUACGAACAAGCGACGUGUCACUCUGCUUUGCUGCUCAGCCUGUCGAUGAUGUUGCGGUUUACGGGAAUGUGGCGCAGAAGAAUUUCUUCGUUGGGUAUGAUCUUCAGAAGAGGACUGUCUCAUUUCAGGCAGCUAACUGUCGGAAAUCAUGAUAUUGUCGGAAAUCGGCGAAAUUAAAAUAAAUAUUAAUAUUGCUAUUAUGAUUGUAAUUAUCAGAAAGAUCGAAAUUUCGAAUUAACUUUCGGAGAUUUAAAUCAGAUUGAGAUUUCCAAUUCUAGUAAAAAAUAAAAUCGGGAAAUCGGAAAUUGGAAUGAGAAAUAUUGCGCUGAAAUCGGAAAUUUUCUUAUUGAAAUCGACGGAAUUUGAGAAUUCCGUUCCGCAUUCCACCCUUUGCCCGAAUGCCAAGAAUUUG